AUGGACAAGAACAAGUUCCAUCCGUCAGUAAAGGGACAUGAGCAACAAAUCGGAGAUGUCGUGGACCAGAGCAUAGUGCAACGCAAGCUGUUGUUGAAGACUGACGCAGUUGUUCUGCCAUUAGUCGUAUUGACGUCGACAUUAGCAUUCCUCGACAAGUUGGCUCGGCNNUCAAUCUUCUACUUCGGAUAUCUGGCCAUGGAGUUUCCAACUAUCUGGCUGCUUACCAAGGUGCCGCUUGGUAGUUAUAUCGGAGGUACGUUGCUCGCAUGGGGAGGCUGUGUAUGCUGCAUGGCUGCGUGCAGCAAUUUUGCAGGUCUUGCCACUGUGAGGUUCCUGCUCGGCGUCUUCGAGGCGGGUAUUCUGCCAGCUCUGUUGCUCGUUAAUUCCCUAUGGUAUACCAAAAGGGAGCAACCAUUGAGGACAGCUUUGUGGUACAACACAUUUGCAGGAAUCUUUGGAGGAAUUCUCAGUUUCGCAAUCGGCAAGAUCAACGGUCCCUUGUCGACCUGGAAGUUCAGUNAUAUCUUCUUGAUAUAUGGGUCCGUAACCAUGGCUGCUGGAAUUCUGGUGUUCUUCGCUUUGCCGAACGAUCCUGGACAUGCGUGGUUCUUUACCAAGGAAGAGAAAGAUCUGGCUCGUAUUCGGUUAUCGGAAAACCGAGCAUCAAUUCGUGAGAAGCGAUGGAAUUCCUCGCAGAUCAGAGAAGCCGUCGCUGAUCCAAAAUACUGGUGUGUGGCAAUCUUCGUCAUUGCACAAUCCAUCACAAAUGUCGGUAUAACGAAUAGAACCAGGCUGACGAAAAUCANNGUGCUGAAUACUGGCUCAGAGAGAGACGCCUCGCUUGCCGGAGUUUAUCUCAUGGGGUUCUACAACGUCCCAUGGGUUCUCAUGCUCAGUCUUCAGUCCUCAAACACUGCAGGCGCGACCAAGAAGAGUUUCGUCUCGGUCUCCGUUGCUGUCUUCUACGCCGUGGGCAACAUUAUCGGUCCCCAGUUCUUUAGAGCCUCACAGGCCCCCAAAUAUGGUUUGGGUAUAGGUGCGAUGCUUUGCUGCUUUGCGGUGAUGGCAGUGACCGGCAUAGUAUACGNNGGUAAAAGGAGAGAUCGAAUCCAUGGUCGGCCAGGAUCUAUGACGGAAGUUGACGCAGCCUUCCAAGUUGAGGACUUGACCGAUUUCGAGGUCGAAAAAUCCUUCCGAUACGUGUUCUAA